AUGGCGAUUGACCUUGACAGACACAACAAGCGUAAGCACGUCUCGCGAAACCCAAGAGGAACCAAUCCGUACAUGAAGUUGUUGGGCAGAAUAUAUGCGUUUUUGGCCAAAAGAACUCAAUCCAAAUUUGCAAAGACCGUCCACCAUAGACUUUGCUUGAGUGGUGUGAACCGCCCUGUUGUCUCGACCUCAAAAAUUGCGGCGCUCCUCAAGGAUAGAGAACAAAAAAUCGCCGUCUGCAUCACCACUGUCACUUUCGACGAAAGAAUGCCAGUCCUCCCCAAGAUGACUGUUUGUGCUCUUCGAUUCACCAAGACUGCCGAACAAGCCAUUACUAAGGCCGGUGGAAAAUGCCUCAGAUUCGAUGAGCUUGCCAUGAAAGCUCCAACUGGAAAAGACACUUUACUCAUUAGAGGAAAGAAGAGCACAAGAGCUGCUCUCAAGCACUUCGGUAAGGUCUGCGCCAAGAAGCACGCUGCCAAGGAAUACAAAGGAAAGGGAUCGAAAAAACACUAA